AUGACCAUCAACCAGAGGCAGAAGUUGACCGCACCCAGAAACACACGGAUGAAACAAAACACUCUCUUAAUUGUGCUGAAGCACACAGGGAUAACCGCGGCAACACAGCGGGGAAACUGCAAGCCCGCUGUGCGCACUCAACCGAAUACCAGCUGUGACAACAGCUCUUUGAAAAAAGGCAGAUCGCUUGAAGCAGCAGCUGGCACCCGGGAGAUCGCGAAGAUCGCUGAAGCGCCGUCACACCAACACAGAGAGGUCUUCAGAGAAACAGCAGACUCGUUGAGCGUGAAGACAAACACAAUCUCGAAGCUCAUCACUCAGAGGACACUACCGGUCGGCUCCGAAGGGCCUGUGGUGUACCGGUCUUACUUGGAAGGACACUCAAAGGGCAUUCAUUCACUAUGCCUCAAACUACUGAAGUGGUGUGAAAGGCUAACUGCUCUGGGACUUCUGCACUUUCACACCAUUGAACAGGAGUGCGGGGACUGUGACCUGCUCUCUCCAGUGCUUGCCAGUCGAGAGGACUCUGGAAUGAGUGACAUUGAUGAGACGGGCUGCCACUUUUUAAACAGGACCCCGGUUGUGGACACAGAGCCUGAUCCAGACCUUCAGAUUGAUGGCCCGCCAGUCUGUGAGGGCUCGCCUGUGUACAAUUACCUUAGUAAGUACGGAAUACGUAGUCCAGAGCAGGUUCUCUCUGGCAGUGAGGAAGACUUGCACCUUCAGACUGUCAAUCUGUUCUUUGAGCAGUUAAAAAGAGUCACAGAAAAUGAACAGCCCUUGGAACAAAGCCAUGUUGUUAAUUGGGGAAGUGAGGAGACAGGCCAUCUGGAGGGUUUGAUUGAUAAGCAGGAUAUUCUGUCUUUAGAUGCUGGUCCAUCUGGCAGAAAUGAGGCCAGUCUUAUAGGUGAAAUCACUAAGCAGGGUGUGGUUAAUACCUGGGGUGAUAUAGCUGCACCCGCUUAUGCACAAGAAUAUGCAUCAAAGUCUAACGCUGAGCUACUCAUUGGAGGGAAGUCAUUGUCAACUCCCCUAAUUACAGUAAGAAUGAAACAGGAGCAACAGGGAAGAUGUGGUGAUCUUAGCAAAGACUUAGAGCUGAAACCUGAAACAAAGCCACCUAACAAAGAGAAAAUAGUAAUGGUAAAUAGGAAAGAUAUGACAGAACAAAUCCCAGCAAGACAAAAUAUUGCUCAGCUGGAUACCAGAAACAGUUCGGACUCAAAAGAUUGUGCAAUCAGUCAGAUCCCAGUGUCACCUUCCUAUCUCAGGAGAAAAAGGAGGAAGAAGAAGAGAAUGAGUGUCGAGCAAGUAGAACCAGGAUAUGAGGCUCAGAUCCACAUCCAUCAAAGUGAAUCAGAGGAAGAGAGAUUCAUUCAGAGAGAAGAGAUGAAUAGCCUUCCUGCAGAUGUCUGGAAGACAGAGCACAUGUCACUUAAAAGAAAUAAAACAACUCAAAAUACUGAUCUUUUAAAGCCUAGAGGCAUGUUUGACUUGGAGGCUUCAGCUGAUUUGAAGUCUUCAAAAAGCUUGCCAGUAUCUUUUAUCAGUAAUUUAGGCACCGUACCUUCAAAGCCUGAAGUUGUACACUCAAGCUUUAAUACUAUUUCCAAAAGCAUGCAUGAUGUGUCUCUUGUAAACAAUGGACAAUUGAAAGCAGAGAUUCCUCCAUUACCCCAGAUAAAUAAAGUUCUGAAUUUACAAGAAGGUGGAUUAAAUAUGCUUAAAUUUGAUCCUGCUGUAAACUUAGAGAGCUGGACCGGUAUUAGAGAGACCAUAUCAGCACCUCUAAGUGAUAAUUCUGGUGCAGGAUGUCAGAGGAAAUCCUUAUUAUCUUCUAACAUUUCCAUUGCUGCUGAUUCAACAAAGCCUCCUUCCUCCAUAGUCUCUUUUAAAUUGACCGAGGACAAAGAUUUACCCUGUUUAGGAAAUGAUACUGACUGUUCAGUAUUUAAAACUGAACAAACCAUGUCAAGCAAAAGGAAUAUGGUAGAAAUUUCAGACAAAGAAAGCUUGUUGUCUUUAACUGAGAACAUAGAUGGAGUAGAAUCUUGUUCGGAUGGAAAUGGUCCAGAAACAUUUACUUGUUCACAGGAGACUCCUCAAAAACAGAAAGCAUGUAUUCAAGUUAACAUUUCAGAAUAUCAAAGCCAUUCGGCCUCUCAAACCAUUGAAAUAAACGUGAAUAUACCUGUAAGUGAGACAGAUGCAAAGACUGAGAGACAUAUGUCUGAUAAUAUUUAUCAUGGAACAGAUGAAAGUCAGAUCCAAAGCAGAACUAAGACUAGUAAGGCAUUAAAUGUGAAUGCCUCACCCAUAAAGCCAGAGAAUUCAGAUGAAUCAGACAAUAAGAGAGACAUCAGUGCUAACAAGGUUGCUGUUUCGGCCAGUGGUGAACAACUCUUUUGUGGCAAGUCUACCAGAUCUAGUGAACACAUAAGUGGUCCUACACAAGAUGUUUCAGAGUUGCCUCAUAACACACUUGCUGAAAUUAAGUACACUUCCUCAGCUGAGUCGAAAAGUGGAGCCAAAGAUCUGGAGAGUGUUUCUCUUAAUGCUGCAGACCAUCUUCCAUGCCCUGUGUAUGCUAUCUCAUCCUUCUGGAAUGAAAUGGAGAAGCUAACCAUCAAUGACAUAUUGCGUAUACGGCAAAUUGGUAACACCCAGCACACCAGUAUUUUAACCCAGCCGGAGGAUGGUAGCAUUGCGGACACUACAGAUGCUGGAGACUCUGGUUACUUUACACUACCUGACGACUCUAAGCCGGACCGCUUAAGUGGAGACAUGUCUUACAUAUCUGAUCUAGACGAAGACCUUGCACAGCUUCAAACCACAGUUUCUUCCAAGCAAGAGGACGAGUCGUGUGAGUUCCCUAGCUCUUGCGGUGUGAUGUGGGAGAAUGAUCCAGAUCCAGUGGUUGUGGGUGAAGAAAUGCUGUUCAUAAAUUCGGAAACCACUCUUCCUGAACAUCUCUACACGGCUAAUGCUCAACAGUGUUUCAGGAGAAUGUAUAAGAACAUUAGCGUGCAGAACCUGCAAGCUCUAGAUGCUCAACCAAUCAGGCAAAUACUGAGAAAUGCCUCUAUGCAUUCGAUCCAUUCAGAGGUAGAUGAUUUUAUAGAUCCUUUUUACCAUGUGAACACUUCAGGCUCAAAGAGCUUGUCUGAUGAUGAAGAGGAAGUAGAAACCAGUGGUAUCACAUUUUCUGAAAUAAUGCAGUAUCUCUUCGGUGAGGAUGAACCUGAGCGUUGUGCGUCUCGUGCAGACAACAUAGCUGCUUCGUACGUUGAUGUAACAGGCACUUCUGUGCCUGAGACGUAUGACCAUUUCUUCUCAGAGUUUGAUGCUGGAAGCUUUGUUCGUCCAAUUGUAGAAGAGUCAGGUGGAGAUAAAAUGGUUCCCAUUUUCUCUUGCUCCCGCUCGGCUAACAGAAACCUUCAGUUUCCAGAGGCAUAUGACUAUUUCUUCCCAGAUUCCCCUGGGAAUUCGGACGAAGAUGAUGAGAAUGAGAACACGGUCAUCAAGGUAGUGACAGAGUAUGACCAUAAAUCUCCCAACCAUGAUCCUGUUGACAUGUAUGAGCACUUCUAUUCUGAAGAUCAGAGCGACUUCCUCUGGACGAACCCUCUCUCAUUUAGAAGAGUUCGACGCACAGGUUUUACCAUCCCUGAAGAGAAGACAUGUUCUGGGGAACUCGUCCCUGUAAAGACAUUUCCCAAAGGAAUCAUUCAACCAAUUAAUGCUUUGGGCCCUGAUGGGAGCCCUUUCCCAGAUUCCUUGCUCCUCAACCUGGAGAACUGCAUCUUCCAGCAGCUGGCUGAGCGACAGAAGAAGUGUAAGGAGAUGCAGGCAGUUGUUGCUGAUCCAAGGUUGGAUGCCCCAUUCUUGCUUCUUAAACAGGCAGACAUGUGCUUGGUUUGUAUUGCUUUUGCCUCGUGGGUGCUGAAAUCGACAGGCUCAGGAGCAGACACCUGGAAAGCUGCUCUUCUUGCGAAUGUCAGUGCACUCUCUGCCAUACGAUACCUGCGCAGACACAAGAGGGAGGAGGUCUCUGGAAAAACUCCUUUGCGUCAGUUAGAGCCAGCAUAACUCCAUAGCGGAUGGCCUCCGGAUCUGAUUUCAGUCACAUCACCCUUUUCCCAUGUAAUCCAAAAGGGUGUUGAUGAAUGUCAAACGUGCAUGCAGGGCAUUUUCCAUCAUUCUCAGUACAUAUUAUUAUGAUGCACACUCUCGUGUGCCUUUAUUGCUGAUGAACUCAGUUGAUAAGCUUACACAGAUGACUGUGACUUCAGACCAGUGGCAGUAGUGUUUAUAAUAUGUAUAUUUAGUGUAUGAACAUAUCAGUAAUCUGCAUAUCCAAUAUUU